GCUGUCAUCCGUCAGUCCCAUCCAAACGUUCCAUCACAGCAGCAGCAGCAGCAGCAGCAGCAGUAGCAGCAGGAGCAGAAGCAGCGGUCCGUUUCCUAUUUUGUUGGGCUUUAUUUUUGCGUUCUGCAACGUAAACUCUUUUCCACAGCGUGACCCUUGAUUGUCGGCGAAACAAUAUUCGCCAUUUUGUGCGUGUGGUGGCAGUGAUGGUGGCAUAUUUCCCGUGUGCCUGUGUGUGAUGUGUAUGCUGGCUGUUAAGUGAAUCGUGCGAGGCGCACGCCAGCAGCAGCGGACAUCGGUCUGCCUGGUGCUUUCCGUACAACAACAAUCAAUCCCGGUCCAAUCAGCCAACCCAAACAGAACAACCUCGGCCAGAGGCGAACCCCCCCACCCCCGGGUCCCACGCGUGCUCAAUCAAGUGCCGUUCAAACUUUCGUACAAUCAGCACCUCAAGCGCCCCACCAACAACAACAACAACGAAGACAAACAAAAACGCAGAAAAUCUCUCCCGGCAGAAGAAAAUAAAGUAAAACAACAAAACGAUGGAUCCCACCGAUGAGGAGGCUUCGGCUAACCAGCUGUCGUCCGACGAUAUCGAGCAAAACUUCCUGACGCAGUUUAGCUCGAUGGUGACAACGGACAAGGAGGAGCUGAUCCACCAGUUUCAGUCGAUCGGCGAGAACGUUAAUUACUCCACGGCGACCUUCUUCCUCGAUAUGACCAACUGGAAUCUGCAGGCCGCGGUAGGAUGUUACUUUGAUUUUAUGGCCCAAAAUCGGCAACCGUCGAUGAAGCUGCUCAACGACAUCACAGUAGGCAAGGGCGAGAAGAUCACACCAAACACAGCUAUCAAGCUGACCUGGCUGCUGCAGAACAAUGGUGAGGUGGCGUGGCCAAGCGGCACGUACGUGAGCCUGCGCCAGAUCCCCAACCUGCGGGAGCAAAACAUUCCGCUGUCGUACGAGGACCUGAAGUACUACGUGCCUGCCGUGCUGCCGAACGAUACGGUGACCGUGUCGGUGCAGCUGGUCAGCCCGUCCACGGUCGGGCUGUUCGAAACCGUCUGGUCGAUCUACACCCCGAGCGGCAUCAGCUUCGGAGAAAACAUCAUUUCGCGGAUCGAGGUAAGCGCGGAUGGCACGAUGGCGGUCACGCAACAGUUUUCCCAUCUGCAAACUAGCUCGACCGCCGAGCUGAAUCCGCAGCAGAACGCCCCGGAGUCGCAGCCGAACCAGCUGGACGAUAGCGAAAUGUGGGGAUAGCCAAGCGACAACAGCGUUCGGACUACCGCGCCAGCCACCUCUGUACAGCACACUGUAGUGUAAUGACUUGUCUCCGGCCCUUGUGUUUGCGUUGCCGUUCCUACCCUCAGUUGCUGGCUGCCGCAUACUACACUCUCCACUAAACGAGUUCGUU